AUUCGUGGCUGCGGGACACACUUCUUGAGGCCUAGCUAUUUUUUCCCCCAAGUUUUUUCCAACUCGUCGCUUGGUCUUAACAGGCAAAUGCAGCUUCCUUUUGGUACAAAACAAAUAGAAGGGAAGAGACGCUAUCAUUUAAUCAACGCUGGGAAACAGUUGUCAGCCUCUGCUAAGCACGUGGGAGUGUUUGAUGGCUUUUUGAAAAUAGGGGCCAAAGACAACAAGGCCAUCAUGUGCAACUAAAGACAUCUUGAUCACACGGGCUCCUAUCCUGUGCUGACCCAAUGGUUUAAUCAGCAGGACCAAAAAUGAGCAUAAGCAGCGAUGAGGUCAAUUUUCUGGUUUACAGAUACCUGCAAGAGUCGGGUUUUUCUCACUCAGCUUUCACCUUUGGCAUAGAGAGCCACAUCAGCCAAUCCAACAUCAACGGUGCCCUGGUGCCCCCUGCUGCUCUCAUCUCCAUCAUCCAGAAGGGCCUGCAAUAUGUGGAGGCAGAAGUCAGCAUCAACGAGGACGGGACCUUAUUUGAUGGACGACCCAUUGAGUCGCUCUCUCUGAUUGAUGCCGUUAUGCCAGAUGUAGUCCAGACCAGGCAGCAGGCCUACAAAGACAAGCUGGCUCAGCAGGAGGCAGCAGCGGGCAGCGGCAGCAGCACAGGACCCCAAGGUGGCGUCAAGAACGGAGAGGGAGCUGCCAAUGGAGAGGAAAAUGGAUCACACGCCUUAGCAAAUCACCACGCAGAAAUGAUGGAGGUGGACAGAGAUGUGGAGAUCCCUCAAAGUAAAGCAAUGGUCUUAAGGGGCCAUGAGUCUGAAGUUUUUAUCUGUGCCUGGAACCCAGUAAAUGAUCUCCUUGCCUCAGGGUCCGGGGACUCAACAGCUCGAAUCUGGAACCUGAGUGAAAACAGCACAGGCGGAUCCACGCAGCUCGUUCUGAGGCACUGCAUACGAGAGGGGGGACAGGACGUACCCAGCAACAAAGACGUCACCUCACUGGACUGGAAUAGUGAAGGCACGUUGCUGGCAACAGGGUCAUAUGAUGGCUUUGCUAGAAUAUGGACAAAAGAUGGUAACCUGGCGAGUACUUUGGGUCAACAUAAGGGCCCGAUAUUUGCACUCAAGUGGAAUAAAAAAGGAAACUUUAUCCUCAGUGCUGGUGUAGACAAGACAACGAUUAUUUGGGAUGCACACACAGGAGAAGCAAAGCAGCAGUUUCCCUUCCACUCAGCACCUGCUCUGGAUGUAGACUGGCAGAGCAAUAACACGUUUGCCUCCUGCAGCACAGACAUGUGCAUCCAUGUGUGUAAGCUGGGUCAGGACAGACCUGUCAAGACCUUCCAGGGACACACGAAUGAGGUGAAUGCCAUAAAGUGGGAUCCAACUGGCAGCUUGCUGGCCUCCUGCUCUGAUGACAUGACGCUGAAGAUCUGGAGCAUGAAGCAGGAUUUGUGUGUCCACGAUCUCCAGGCCCACAGUAAAGAAAUCUACACCAUCAAGUGGAGUCCAACAGGCCCGGGGACCAACAACCCCAGUGCAAACCUCAUGCUGGCCAGUGCGUCAUUUGAUUCAACUGUGCGUUUGUGGGACGUGGAGCGUGGGGUGUGUAUUCACACUCUGACCCGGCACCAGGAGCCUGUUUACAGCGUGGCCUUCAGUCCUGAUGGCAAACACCUCGCCAGCGGCUCCUUCGACAAGUGUGUCCACAUCUGGAACACCCAGACGGGAGCUUUAGUCCACAGCUACAGAGGGACAGGGGGGAUCUUUGAGGUGUGCUGGAACGCCACAGGGGACAAAGUAGGAGCUAGCGCGUCAGAUGGAUCGGUUUGUGUACUCGACCUGAGGAAAUGACACUUGUGUGGGGGAGCAAUGGACCGACUGCGAAUGUGUACAUAGCCAAACGACUGUCGCUGCCUGUCCGCCUCACUGCUGUCGUCCUGUCCGAUUCCAUGGCCCGCUGUCGCAGCCAGCUGGAACGCUCGCUUCCUCACGUAAACGCCGGACCACACUUUAUUCACACAACACAGCCACGCGCAGCAGACACACAACGGGUCUGCAUGGACAUUUCAAAACGUGUUUCCAGCACCAUCAGAAGCAAACCAAAACUCCAGGAUUCCCCUUGCUGUCCUUUCCUCAGUCGCUGCGUUGGAUUUGUAAAGAUUUUUGUUCUUAGUUGGUGUGUGCAUAUUGCACAUGUCAGCGUUUGGUGUCCUGUGGACAUGUUACUAAUCUCUGUUGGAUUUUUAUUACAUGUGGGAUGGGAGGGAACAGAGGGGUGCACAGGGUUGUUUUCUUUUAAAACAAAUAUUCAAACUUGUUCAUUGAAUCUAUUUACACUUGUCUGCUCUCUUCAAAGCCAAAAACAGAUUUACAGCUUAGAAGACGAGGUGAUUUAGUUUUGUCAGCUCUAUUUUUAUCCAAUAAAUUUGAUCCAUUGUGACUGUUUUAAACAAGUUCAUCGAGGUGCUCAAAACAAAAUGUUUAGAUGGAAGAUAAUCUGCACCAGAGUUGACUUUAAACCCGGUAUUCACUGGGCUGCGACUGUUAGACUCUACAUGUCAGGGUGUGGGCCAACGUUCAGUUGCAGUCUCACUCACUUGUGUUUUCAGACCUGAACCUUCAGCUUUUAGCCUCAGAUGUUUUCUAUUAGAGUUGUAAAAAUACAGAAACCAAAUAAAAACGGGUAUAAGAUGCCUGCGUCACUCUUAAUUAUUUAAGAACGAAAGCGUCGCGCAAAAUUUUAAAACAUGUUCAACGAUCAAGUGACAAGACCGUGAGCCUCUGGGGCUCCAGGAGAAAUUAAGAACCUCUGAAUGUUUCGAGACAAAGUGACUCCCUCAUGAAAACUGUUCACCAAGUAGUUACCAGCAGUCCCAACCAGUGAGAGAUUUAAGGCUUUCUCCCAUCACAGGGGUUCCAGGGCUGAAGCCAAGCCACAGUCAGCUUUGUAGCAGCUCUUUCACUUACACCAGAGCUGUGGCUCAGGGGCCACAC